AGAGCCAGCGCCGCGCUGCGCUCACCGUAGCUACCGCGCGCCCCGUGGCGCCAAUGGCGCGCCGCAAGGGCGAGAGGUGAGCGGCCGCGCAGGCGAAAGGGACGAGGAUCGGCGUUCGUCCUGCCGUUUCGGACGCCGCGUCGAUCACGUCUUCAGGUCCGGGAUCGGCACGAGGUUGAGUUGUUCGGGAUCUGGGUGACCGCGAAGAUGGCCGAAGGCGCUGUCAAUGGUGCUAACGAUAUGAACGGGCACAUGAAGACGCCCGCACCCAGGGAGUCGUUCAAAGAGUACUGCUCCAGUCACAAAAUUCACAUCGCCGAGUUGCGGCAGCAUUACUUUUCUACCCACGCCGUGGGCCAUGCAGGGAAGAGCAAGCUGCAGCGCUACGACCUGCGCAGGCUCGUCCAGUGGGGUGGUAUAUUUAGCAUGUUCUGUCGCGGCUCUGUCUUCAUGAUGGACGUCACAUGCCUGAAGAUGCUGCUGCAGCAAGUAUUUCUGGUCGGGCUGUGCGCCUUAUGCACCGUGUACGCUGAUUCAAGCCCAGACCGUGAAGCUUGGUACCACAUGGCCAAGCAGG